CGCCGGCUGUCAAUCACGUGCAGCUGAGCUAGGAGAGGCGGGAGUGGCAACGGCGGCGGCGGCGGCGGCGGCGGCGGCGGCAGCGGCGGCGGCGAUGGGACCCCAGCGAGAGAUCUGCGGCUAGGUCAGCUGCACUUGCUCCACGGGUCGGGGAUUGAAGGAACAGAAUUGAAGAAUGAAAUUUUAGAAGAAAAGGGAAAGAUAAGCAGAGGACAGGAGAACAUUGAAGCUGGGAAGAUGACUUCUUGCAGCAACACCUGUGGGUCCAAGCAAGCCCAGGCUGACACUGAGGGCGGGUACCAGCGUUAUGGAGUUCGGUCCUACCUGCAUCAGUUUUAUGAGGACUGCACUGCCUCCAUCUGGGAGAAUGAGGAUGAUUUCCAGAUCCAGAGAUCGCCUAACAGGUGGAGCUCGGUAUUCUGGAAGGUCGGACUCACCUCAGGCACUGUAUUUGUGAUUCUCGGACUAACUAUCCUGGCAGUGGGCUUUCUUGUGCCCCCCAAAAUUGAAGCUUUUGGUGAAGCUGAUUUCAUGGUGGUUGACACACAUGCUGUGCAGUUCAACGGCGCCCUGGACACGUGCAAGCUAGCGGGGGCUGUGCUCUUCUGCAUUGGGGGCACAUCCAUGGCAGGGUGCCUACUGAUGUCCGUGUUUGCCAAGAGCUAUUCCAAAGAAGAAAAGUUCCUUCAACAGAAGUUUAAAGAGCGAAUCGCAGACAUCAAAGCCCAUACCCAGCCUGUCACUAAAGCUCCAGGCCCAGGGAACACCAAGAUCCCAGUCACUUUGUCCAGAGUUCAGAAUGUGCAGCCCCAAUCAUCCACUUGAAACCUUUGCCACCUCAGGCCUCCCCUCUCUGAUUCCUGUGCAUCAUCGUUUAAAAAGAAAAAAAUAAAAAAGAAAGGGUAGCCAGUUUUUGAGGUGACAUGCAUUUGGCAGUGACCUAUCCCUAGAGCCAUGUGGAGCUGGAUACAGUGUCAUGCAGGCUUAGGUCAGUUGACAGUGGAUGUUAUGUGUCAGUCUGUGCCCACUUCUAAUGGGUGCUGCCAGGCCCCUCUAGAGAUAAUCUCUCUGGUAUCUCAACCUUGUGUUGUCUGUAUUAGUUGAAAGCACUGAGCAGUCUAAACCAGCCCGCUAGUUAUCACCGUGAUCCACUUGAUGUUCUCAUUUGUUUUUCUGACCCUCCCAUAUGGCGCUGUCUUCCAUGUCUCUCUCUGUGUAUGAUUCUCAUCAUGUGUUCAUGGAAAAGCAGUUUCCUGACUUUUAAUUUGGAUGUUAGAUUUUUUUCACUUUAUCUCAGCACAAAAGUCCUAAGAACGAAUAGAAACGUAUCAGUGGUCCACAUAAAUCACUUUGUUUUAUCUUUUCCACUCAAAAAGAUAAAACUGCCAAUUUUGGAAUCUUGGUUUAAAAAAACAGCAACAAUAAUAAUAUUGGGAGUGUACAUUUAUGCAGUAUCUGACAGCAGUUAACAGCUGGGGAGCUUGACUUCCGGUCAUUAACUUUGCCAUUUGACUUUGCAGAAGAAAAAUAAAAAUUGUUCCUCAGGCGUCAGUUCCUCAACUUACAUAUGCGGCUCUAAGAACAUUCCCGCUCAAGUACAUGAAAUUUUUUUCAGCCAUGUGUCACGAGUCUUUCCGGGUAAUAUUUAUGAUGAUCUUGUAUGGGAGUGGUAUUUUACAGAACUGGACUCCUAGAGUCUCCAACUCUGUAGACUUUACAGUAUUUACCUUAAAUAUCCAACCCAAGCAGGCUGGAUGAUGUGGCCUUGCAUUUAUAGAGAUGAGCAAGCUAGCCUUAAAUAAGAAGCCCUAGACUGGUGUUAACGUUAAAAAGAGUUUUCAUCCUCAAAUAGGAGAAACUGAGCCCCAAACGCUAUGGUUUCCGAGAUGUGCCCCUUGUCCCUCACAUUUUCACUAAAUCUGCAGUGUAGAUUAGACUGAGGAAAGGAACAGGUAUGACUUUGGUAUUCCCUCGUGCGUGUUCCUUCAAGUUUUGUCUUUGUGUGUAUACAUACAUGUUCUUCCUUCUAAGGGAAACUCAAACAUGUGAAUGAGCCGGGCCAGAACCGCACUGUCAUCCCCCGAACGUGGCUCUUUUCUCUCCAACAUGUAAUUUUCCAUUCUGAGACUGAAUACGCCCUGAUGUUUCCCUGACUAAAUGGAGGAAUAAAUGAAGCAGUUAGUGGUC